CCCAGGAGUCUCCGGGGCGGCCGGUUAGGAUCUAUUCCCGCUCCGACCGCAUUUCAUCUAGGACCCCAAACCUCUAACGAACUUCUACCUCUGGUUCAUUUCCCGCUAAGCUUGUGGUCGUCUUUUGUGUGGGGAGUUGAAGUGAGCUGGGUCAGGAUGCGAGAGAAGCUAACGGCAGAAGCCCUGAGUUCCUGGGAUGGGCGUGUCAGGAGGCAAAGUCGUGGGCCUGUGUUUUAAUUAGGGAGCAAAUCCAUGGAACUCCUCAUGUUGUCAUGCCAGAAGUGGAAUUCCCUGAGCAGUUCUUCGCAGUUCUAACCAUGGACCAUGAAUUGGUGACAUUCAGGGAUGUGGUCAUCAGCUUCUCCCAGAAGGAGUGGGAACAUCUGGAUUCUGAUCAGAGGGACUUGUACUGGGAUGUGAUGAUGGAGAACUACAGCAAUUUGGUCUCACUGGGUUUGGAGUCAAGGAAUGAGACAAAGAGUUUUUCUGGAGAAAAGGAUGUUAUUGAAAACCAUGGUUGUCAGUGUGAGAUAAUGGAAAGUAGCAAAUUAUUCAGCCUUAAAAGCUCCAUUUUCAGAAAUAACUGGCAGAACAAAAGCAAAAUUGAAAUAGAAGGACCUCAAGUGAGAUAUUUCAGUCAAAUGACAAUCAUUUCUGAAGAUGUGCCCAAUUUCAAAAAUGAUGAAUCUCUUAAAUUACCUCAGAUAACUCACGACAGUAAGAAGCCCUAUGAUUAUAAGGAAUUUGAGGAAGUCUUCAUUUGUGAUUCAAACUUUGAUGAACAUCAGCGACUACAUGCUAGUGAGAAAACUUGCAAAUGUAAUGAAUGUUGGAAAACCUUUGGGAUAGAUAACUCCCAUACACUACAACUGAAUAUUCAUACUGGUGUGAAACCUUGUAAAUAUAUAGAAUAUGGGAAUACAUUUACUUUUAAUAAAGAUCUUGGUAUACCCCAGAGAAUUCAUGAUGAGAAGUUUUAUAAAAGUAAGGAAUAUGGAAGGACCUUUGGAAUAACUGGAGAUGUUACUCCACUUCAAAGAAAUGAUGGUGAGAAACCCUUUGAAUGCACGUUCUGUCGGAAAUCCUUUAAGGUACAUGCACAACUUACUCGGCAUCAGAAAAUCCAUACUGAUGAGAAAUCUUACAAAUGUAUGGAAUGUGGCAAGGACUUUAGAUUUCAUUCACAGCUCACUGAACAUCUGAGAAUACAUACUGGUGAGAAACCCUACAAAUGUAUACACUGUGAGAAGGUUUUUAGAAUUAAUUCACAGCUCAUUGAACAUCAGAGAAUUCAUACAGGAGAGAAACCUUAUGCAUGUAAGGAAUGUGGGAAGGCUUUUGGAGUCUGUAGAGCACUUGCUCGACAUCAGAGAAUUCACACUGGUAAGAAACCUUAUGAAUGCAAGGCAUGUGGAAAGGUCUUUAGAAGUAGUUCAUCCUUGACUAGACAUCAAAGAUUUCAUACUGGUGAGAAACCUUAUAAAUGCAAAGAAUGUGAGAAAGCAUUUGGAGUAGGCAGUGAACUUACUAGACAUCAGAGAAUUCACAGUGGUCAGAAACCUUAUGAAUGUAAGGAAUGUGGGAAAUUCUUUAGAGUAACUUCAGCCCUUAUUCAACAUCACAGAAUUCAUAGUGGUGAGAAACCGUAUGAAUGUAAGGUAUGUGGGAAGACCUUUAGACACAGUUCAGCCCUUAUUGAACAUCAGAGAAUUCAUAGUGGUGAGAAUCCUUAUGAAUGCAAGGCAUGUGGCAAGGCCUUUAGACAUAGUUCAUCCUUUACAAAACAUCAGAGAAAACAUAAUGGUGAGAAACCCUAUGAAUGUAAGGAAUGUAGGAAUGCCUUACAUGUGGGUGGGCACCUUACUUGACAUUAAAAAAAUUUAUACUGGUGAGAGAAAAUUUAUUUGAAAGUAGUAAGUGUGUAAAGGUUUUUUUUUUGUUUCUUGUUUCUACUGGGAAACAAAAAUUAGAAGUGGCAUUCUAAUUCUUUCCUUCUUAUUUUUCAGAGUUAGAAUUCCCAGUCAGAUGCAGGGGUUUUAGUCUUAAGGUUCUGCAUUGUGUUUGUGUAGUUUACUUGUUUUGUUUUCUAUUGUUUUUCUUUUAGUGAUAGGUGUGUAAUCUCCUUUCUAUUUUCAUCCAAUAAUUACUUCUCUCUAAAUUUCUAAUUCGUUUGACACAACAGAGUCCGCUGAAUAUUUACCACUGCCAAUUCCUUUAAGGAGCCCUUUUCACCUCCAGGCAGUACCAGCCAGAAUCCAAAUGAAGGGAACACUUUCAUUACUAAGCUAAUCAGUCAGUCUCUUAAAUUUGUUAGGUACCUUUAAAAAGAGAGAAGUGACAACUAUUACAGUGAUUAUAAACUAAUCAUUGACCUUAAGAGUAAGAGGAUUUAUAACUGAAUAUUACCAUGGCCUCAACUGUUUUUUAUCCUGAUUAUAAUAUUUCUUUGCACCCUCUCAGAUUUGCCUUAUUAGGUUUAGGCAGUCCAACCAACAAUUGGUAUACAUUUUCUUUUAGUAGUCUCACCGAACUUCAAAAUCACCUCUUUCUUAGCACAGCUGACCUAGUAUCUAAUCAAUGUGAUCAUAAGCCACUGGUUAUUAGAUUUUUGUAAGAAAAUUUAGGUUUAGAUAAAUUUAUAUUACCAUAAUUCUUUAGAUUUUAAUUUUUGAAAUUGGUAACUUUUCCAGAAUUUAUAUACUUAAGUGUUACAUGAUCAUUGACAUUAAGUCAUGUUCUCAUUUGACAUAGUGAGCUAUAUUUUCUGUAAGUAUUGCUUAUUUUAAGUAGUUUUUAAAGGUAUAUGAUUGGUAGCUAUUUUAUGUCAUACACUAUAAGAGCAUAAGUCUCUGUUAACAUUUUAUUAGAGUAAUUGCUAUUUCAUAUCUUUGAAAUAGAGUACUGAGCUCUAUAUCUGAGUAUACUCUAUUUACUAAGCUAUUAUAUGGCCACUUUUGCUGAUUACACUCUAUCUUGUUAUUCUGAGUUACUAUCAGUGCUAAUUAAUGAUACUCUUCUUGGGGGUAGUACUCCAGGAGUACUUGUUCUAUACUUUUUUCUUUCCAGCUAAAACAAAUUAAAACUAUCAAAUGUCUAAGCUUUAUAUGCAGGCAUAAAAUUAAUGACAGAAAUAAAAUAAUAUUAUGUCUUGGAACUUAAUUUUUAAAAUUCAAUAAUGAAUAAAAGAUAAAUUAA